AUUCCUCCAUAAACCUACCUGCAAACCACGGACUUUGCAUACAUAGAUACAUACAUAAAUACAAUCCUAAGGUCUCCUCCAAACCUCUUACUAAGUUAGGACACUCCUCAUUCUUAUCGAGUCUUCUUGGUUAACUGUUCCUUCUCGGCGUCUUGAUUCGUCGCAUAGCUAGCAUGACCAACAUCCUCGACCGAGACUACAGUCAGUUCAAGAUUUCCCUCGGCGUUCCCAGCUCGGUGAGCAAGUACGGCGCGAAAUGGCGCCUGGCGUUUGUGCACAUCUACUGCUCGAGAGCCUUCCUGUCCAAAUGCAAGCAUCCUCACUCAAUGCUCCCCAAGGCCGUCCCGGUCAAAUGCCCCUCCUUCACCGCCCUCUCCAUCAAAGGAAACGACCUCCCUAACACCUCCACCUUCAACGUCGACACGGCAGAGCUCACCAGUCUCGUGAAGGAAAGAAACCUUAAGGGGAUCCAUAAACUUGGUGGAGUUGAAGCCGUGGCCUUGGCCCUUGAAACUGACAUUUCUGCCGGAAUCAGUGGAGACCCCGAGGAUGUUUCUCGGAGACAGAGAGCAUUCAGCUUCAACACUUACAAGAGGCCUCCGUCUAAAAGCCUCUUCCAUUUUGUGGUGGAGGCGUUCAAGGACCUGACUAUACUGAUCCUCUUGGGCUGCGCAGCCAUGUCCCUCGGGUUCGGGAUUAAAGAGCACGGAAUCAGCGAUGGGUGGUACGAUGGCGGAAGUAUCUUUGUGGCCGUAUUUCUAGUAAUUGCGGUAUCUUCCCUCAGCAACUUUAGGCAGAGCAGGCAAUUCGAGAAGCUCUCAAGGGUCAGUGGCAAUAUCCAGGUCGAGGUUGUUAGGAACUCUCGGCGCCAGCAGGUUUCGAUAUUUGAGAUCGUUGUUGGUGACAUAGUUUGCUUGAAGAUUGGAGAUCAGGUUCCAGCAGAUGGGUUGUUCCUGGAUGGCCAUUCGUUAUGGGUGGAUGAAUCGAGCAUGACUGGGGAGAGUGAUCAUGUGGAGGUGAACCUGAGCUCGAAUCCAUUCCUUGUGUCGGGUACGAAGGUUGCUGAUGGCUAUGCCAGGAUGAUUGUCACGUCCGUAGGGAUGAACACAAUGUGGGGCGAGAUGAUGAGUUCAAUAAAUCGUGAUGAGACCGAGCAGACCCCAUUGCAGGCUCGGCUGAACAAGCUCACAUCAUCAAUCGGGAAAGUUGGCCUUGCGGUUGCUUUCCUGGUUCUCGUUGUCCUCUUGGUUCGGUACUUCACAGGAACUACAAAAGAUGAAAAUGGGAAUCCAGAGUUUGUAAGCGGGGUUUCCACAACUGAUGACAUAGUGAAUGGCGUAGUAGGGAUUGUGGCAGCAGCAGUGACGAUCAUCGUGGUUGCUAUCCCCGAAGGCCUACCACUGGCCGUCACGCUCACGCUGGCCUAUUCAAUGAAGAGGAUGAUGGCUGAUCAGGCGAUGGUGAGGAAGCUCUCUGCUUGCGAGACCAUGGGGUCUGCCACGACGAUCUGCACUGAUAAAACAGGCACCCUCACCCUGAACCAGAUGAAGGUCACAAAGUUCUGGGUCGGGGAUGAUUCUGUCACUGAUACUGGGUACGCCUCAGUUUCUAAGAGCAUUCUCGAUUUGUUCCGGAAAGGAGUUGCUUUGAACACAACAGGCAGCGUGUUUCGGGCUUCUUCUGGAACGGAGUUCGAGUUCUCAGGCAGUCCGACCGAGAAGGCUAUACUGUCCUGGGCAGUCCUUGAGUUGAACAUGGACAUGGAAAAGGAGAGGCAGAAAAAUACAAUUCUCCAAGUGGAGGCAUUCAAUUCACAGAAGAAGCGGAGCGGGGUCCUGCUGCGGAGCAAGGCUGAUGGUUCCAUUCAUAUACACUGGAAAGGAGCUGCAGAGAUGGUCCUGUCAAUGUGUUCUAGCUACCAUGAUGCAUCAGGAACUUUGAGAAAUUUGGAUGGUGACGGGACGAGGAAGAUCGAGAAUGUCAUACGGGGCAUGGCUGCGAUGAGCCUAAGGUGCAUCGCCUUUGCUCACAAAGAAACCUCAGAGGCACAACUGAAAGAAGAUGGAUUGACAUUACUUGGACUCAUCGGAAUUAAGGAUCCGUGCCGUCCUGGGGUGAAGGGGGCGGUUGAGGCUUGCCAGGAAGCUGGAGUUACCAUCAAGAUGAUUACCGGCGACAAUGUGUUCACAGCUAAGGCCAUCGCAACAGAGUGCGGGAUACUCAGACCCGGUCAGGAUGAGUCUACUGGAGCCGUUUUAGAGGGGCUUGAAUUCCGGAACUAUACCCCGGAAGAGAGGCUUGCGAAAGUUGAAAAGAUCCGGGUGAUGGCAAGAUCAUCCCCUUUCGAUAAACUUCUCAUGGUGCAAUGCUUGAAGCAAAAGGGCCACGUGGUGGCGGUCACGGGAGAUGGGACAAACGAUGCGCCGGCAUUGAAAGAAGCCGAUAUCGGGCUUUCCAUGGGGAUUCAAGGCACUGAGGUUGCCAAGGAGAGUUCAGACAUCGUCAUACUGGAUGAUAAUUUUGGCUCCGUGGCGACCGUCCUUAGGUGGGGAAGAUGUGUGUACAACAACAUCCAGAAGUUCAUCCAGUUCCAGCUGACGGUAAAUGUAGCCGCCCUCGUGGUCAACUUCGUAGCGGCCGUUUCCUCAGGCGACGUCCCGCUGACAGCAGUUCAGCUGCUGUGGGUAAACUUGAUCAUGGAUACUCUGGGUGCCCUGGCCCUGGCCACAGAGCGUCCCACUAGGGAGCUGAUGGAGAAGCCACCAGUGGGCCGAACCGCGCCGCUGAUAACCAACAUCAUGUGGCGUAACAUUGCAGCCCAGGCAGCCUACCAAAUCGCAGUCCUCCUGACCCUCCAAUUCAGGGGGGAGUCGAUCUUCAGCGUCUCCACAGAGGUAAACCGGACCUUGAUAUUCAAUGCAUUCGUGCUCUGCCAGGUGUUUAACGAGUUCAACGCAAGGAAGCUUGAGAAUAAGAACGUUUUCGAGGGCAUCCACCGGAAUAAGCUAUUCAUAGGGAUCAUAUUCAUCACUAUUGUUCUGCAAGCUGUGAUGGUAGAAUUCCUCAAGAAGUUCGCAGACACGGAGAGGUUAACGUGGGGCCAGUGGGGAGUGUGCAUCGGCAUAGGUGUCAUAUCUUGGCCUAUCGGAUUCAUCGUUAAGUUCAUUCCGGUUCCUGAGAGACCGAUAGGCAGCUACCUGAAGCUACUGAGGAAGAAGUUCGUGUCCAAAAAUGGUGCCAUUUGAUAAGAAAAACUGCACCAUUCAUGUCCGUAGCAUUCAUUCUUCUUGUUUUUUUUUUACCAUAAAUUUUUGAGUAGUUAGAGGAACAUUUAUUUGAUUUGUUUAUCCGAUUCUUCAUGUAAUUAAUGUUCAUAUCAAUAAAUAAUGAGCUCUAAUUUCA